AUGUCAUUGAAAUUGCCACAGAACCCAAAUGCGGGUCUAUUCAAGCAAGGAUACAAUAGUUACUCCAAUGCCGAUGGUCAGAUCACAAAGUCUAUUGGUGCUAUUAGAGAGAUCCACCAGAUGUGUCUGACUUCUAUGGGUCCAUGUGGUAGAAACAAGAUUAUCACAAACCAUUUGGGUAAGAUCAUCAUUACCAAUGAUGCGGCUACCAUGUUGAGAGAAUUGGAUAUCAUUCAUCCUGCUGUUAAAGUAUUGGUAAUGGCUACUGAACAGCAAAAGAUUGAUAUGGGUGAUGGUACUAACUUGGUUAUGGUUUUAGCUGGUGAAAUGUUGAACGUGUCUGAGAAGCUUAUUGCUCUAGGCUUGUCCCCCAUUGAAAUUAUACAAGGUUACCAACUGGCAAAGAAUUUCACUUUGAAAGAAUUGGACAAGAUGGUUGUGGGAGAAAUCACAGACAAAGGCUCUAAGGAGGAAUUGAUCAAGAUCAUUAAGCCCGUUGUGUCAUCUAAACAGUAUGGUUCAGAAGAUUUAUUGAGUGAGUUAAUAGCAGAAUCUAUCUCUCAUGUUAUCCCAAAGGGCUCUAACCAACCAUUAUUUAAUGUUGAUUCCAUCAGAGUAGUUAAAAUUAUGGGUGGUUCUCUAAUUAACUCUACUGUCAUCAAAGGUAUGGUAUUCAACCGUGAACCUGAAGGACAUGUGAAAUCCUUGCCACAAGGUGACAAACAUAAGGUUGCUGUCUUUACUUGUCCAAUUGAUAUUGCUGCAACUGAAAGUAAAGGUACCGUUUUGCUACAUAACGCCCAAGAAAUGUUAGAUUUCUCUAAAGGUGAAGAACAACAAAUUGACGCUAUGAUGAAGGAGAUUGCUGAUAUGGGAGUCAAAUGUAUCAUUGCUGGUGCUGGUGUUGGUGAGUUAGCUCUUCAUUACUUGAACAGAUAUGGUAUAUUGGUGUUGAAAGUUCCAAGUAAGUUUGAACUAAGAAGAAUAUGCCGUGUUUGUGGUGCAACCCCAUUACCAAGACUAGGUGCUCCCACUUUGGAGGAAUUAGGUCUGGUAGAAACCGUGAAGACAAUGGAAAUUGGUGGUGACACUGUCACUGUAUUUAAGCAAGAAGAAAAUGAAUCUACAAGAACAGCUACUAUUAUUCUAAGAGGUGCUACACAAAAUAACUUGGAUGACAUAGAAAGAGCAAUUGAUGAUGGUGUUGCCGCUAUUAAGGGUUUGAUGAAGCCAAAUGGUGGUAAGCUACUUCCUGGUGCAGGUGCAACAGAAAUAGAUCUAGUUUCGAGAAUCACAAAAUUCGGUGAGAAGACCCCAGGUUUACUACAGUUAGCUAUAAAAGAGUAUGCUUUAGCUUUUGAAGUCAUUCCAAGAACCUUGGCUGAGACCGCCGGUUUAGAUAUCAAUGAGGUGCUACCAAAUCUAUACGCUGCCCACACCGUAACAAAUGAAGAUGGAGAAGAUAAGAAGCACCUAGUGAAAGGUAUUGACAUUGAUGGACUAACAUCAGAAGGUGUCAAGGACAUCACAGAGGAUGGUGUUUAUGAUAUGUUAGAGACAAAGAAGUUUGCCAUUAACGUGGCCACGGAGGCAGCAUGCACAGUGUUAUCUGUAGACCAGAUUAUUAUGGCUAAGAGAGCGGGAGGCCCACAAGCGCCUCAGGGACCUAGACCUGGUAACUGGGAUCAAGAUGAUUGA